AUGCCAGGAGCAUCCCGAAGACUCACCAUCCCAGUGGACAUCCCUCCCUUCCACUUCCAGCCCCGUCGGGUUGGUGUGGACUGGCGUCGCUUCAGUGCCAUUGAUGUGGAGCGGGUGGCCCGGGAGGUGGACGUGGUCGUGCUCCAGGAGCACAUCACCAGUGUCACCUUCUGCAACCUGGACAGGGAGCAGUGCCCACACUGCGGGCAGCCAGCAGACCCCAUCAAAAGGAUGGCCCAGCUGAGCAUUGAGUACCUGCUGCACUGCCAGGAGAGCCUGGGGACCAGCCUGGCCACACAUGCCCAGAACCUUCAAGCUGCCCACUCUGAGCUGGCUCAGACCCAGCAGCAGGCAGCAGAGCAGGCAGCACAGCUCCGGCUGACAAAGGAGGAGAACAGGAGGUGGAAGAAGCUGAUUGCCAUGCAGCAGCUCCUCCUGCAAGCUGGUCCCAACACCUACUGCAAGUGCCACCUCUGUGAUAAAGCCUUCAUGAACGACUCCUUCCUGCAAGCCCACGUGCAGCGCCGGCACACAGAGCCUACCAAGGCAGGUGACUUUGCAGAGAGGCAGAGGAUGAAGCAGGUGGAGCAAAUGGAGGAUGAGGUGGAGGAGCUGAAGACAAAACUACGGGAGACACAGCGGCAUCUGGAAGGGGAGAGGGAAGCAGAGAGGCUGCGCAGGCAGCAGGAAAUGGAGAGAGCUCACCAGCGAGAAGAGGAGGGCAGGAGAGAUUUGGAAAGGUGGAAGGAGGAGGAGAGGAGGAAGCUGCAUGAAGAGAUAGAUGGUCUGAGGCAGCUUUUCCUUGCAGCACUGAAGGACAUGGCCAGCAGAAGCAGUGCCAUGGAGGGGAAGCUGCAGGAGCUUCAGGCCAGAGAGGUGGUGGAGUCCAACCUGGGGACCCUGCUGGACGAUGACACUGAGGAGGCACGGUGGCGGGCACCAAGCCGAGCAGAGGUGUGGGGCAAGCAGGAGAGGAUGACAGAGCAGAUCAAGAUGCUCUCUGCAAGCAAACCUGAAGUGACCUGGGAGGUGACCAAAGUGGUGGCUGAUGAAGGGUCAUCAGGUGGGGAGGAGGCUGCCCUGGGUGGGAAGCAGAGGUUGUUGGAAGCCCUGCAGAGAAACCCAAACCUCCUGAAGCAGUUUCGCCCCAUCCUGGAGGAAGUGCUGAUGGAAAAACUGGAGAGCAUGGGAGUCAAGAGGGUUGUGAAGGGGAUCUCCACUCGGACCUACAAAAGCCUCCAUGCUUUGGUCAGGCUUCAGCAGCAACAGAAGGCUGAGAAAUUUCCUGUUCUCCUGUGCCUGAGGGACGAGUUGAUCCGAGCAGUGAUGGAGAAAAUCAGGCGAUGCAAGAAGCCCAGCAGUGCCUUUCAUCGACAGCUCUCCAUCAUCCCAGGGACAGCCCUAUCCAGGAUGGUGAGGCUCUUGGAGAGAUGCCUGGAUGCAGAGACACUGAGACCAACCAGCCAGGUGAAACUCUUCCCAGCCCUGAGCUUGGCAUUUCCCAAAACCAGCCAUCCUGCCAAGAACCUCCAGUUUGCAGUUGACAGCAGUGACCUGGUGAUCUCCUCCCUGGAGGACCAAGAGCCACCAGCGCUGGUGGCUGUAGAUGCUGUGGGGACCACCUGGGUCCCCAGGGCCCUGGGCUGCCAGGGGGCACAUGGUGACCAGGGAA